AUGCAUCAUAUCACCAGGCUCCUACAGCCGCUUUGGCCCGGCCACCAGACAGCCGAACAAUCGCACCCUCAAGCUUCAUUUGGUAUGUUGCCUUGCGAAUUGGUUCUGGGGAUUACAGACCACUUAGAUGUUAAAUCUCUCAGCAGCUUGUCCCGCACCUGCAAAGGACUAAACUCGCUACUCGAUUCGGAACUUACAAAGCGAGCUUCUCAAUAUGCACUCGCCCCUAGAAGCCACUACGCGACAAGCUUCGUAUAUGACGACGAUCAACAACACGGGGUAGACUUUCCCUCUUUCAAAGUCCAUUGGGGCUCAACGUUCGGUCGGAGUACGGCAUAUUCUCGCAGGUCUAUCCCUCCUGUCUUUACCCCAACAGAUCUCGAACCCUUUGGCCAGGCUAUUUAUCGGGGUAACUUUGCUGCUGUGCGAAAUCUUCUCGAGCGGGGUGUGAAUCCCAACUCGUAUCUCGUGAAUGGUGCAAGAAUGCUCAGUGUAGCUGUGGAGUGGGGGAACAUCGAGAUCGUCAAGAUGCUCCUGAAAUUUGGCGCUCAUCCCUGUUGGAAAGACCCCGGACUACGUACGUCACCUCUAGACCGAGCUGCUCGCAGAGGGGAAGUAGGCGUGUUGCAUACCAUGUUAUUGACUGACUGCGAGGUAGGUUCAUGUUUCACCCUCCAUGAUAUCGUUUUCUAUCGAAAGGAAGUUGUCGAGCGUCUCGUUCCGCUAAUGGAUAAAAGCAGAUUCAACCUCACGAAUGUCGGAGGGCAAACCGCCCUACAGGUGGCUAUGAAAGAAGGAUAUAUUGACACAGCAAUGUAUCUGAUCAGAACUCCAGAGAUUGACCUUGAUUUUCAGGAUCUGCAGGGGUGGACUGCCCUACAUUUUGCACUCCAUCGUCAUACCUUGGUCCAGGCUCUUCUUGAAGCUGGGGCUGCGAUCAAUAUUACCUUGCCACGCGGUGGCCAAAACGCAUUGCAUAUUGCGCUGAAAACCGUGGCUGCAUCUGAAUUGCCACCUAUACUUCGUGAACUUCUUCGACGUGGUGCUGAUGUCAAUAGGAACUCCUCUUAUGGGACUCCCAUGCAUUGUGCUGUCCGAACUAGGGCUAGAUCUCUUGUGAAAAUCCUUCUCUAUGAGAGCCCAACUCCGCCAGACUUGACAAUCAGAGAUAGCUAUGGACAGACACCUAUUGACUCGGCAUUUCACAUUGGGUAUCACGAAAUCGGUCGUAUGCUCACGGAGUAUCAAGAGGACCUGUUACGGUAA